AUGAAGUUGAAGCACCAAGGCAAUGCUCGAGUGAAAAGAGCUCAACUCAAUCAUCUACACCAGGACUUUGAGCUCUUAACAAUGAAGCAAGGUGAAUCAAUCACUGAUUACUUUAUUCGAGUAAUGACGGUUGCAAACGACAUGAGCAAUUAUGGGGAAGAUAUGAAUGAUGUCAAUAUCGUUGAUAAGAUUUUGAGAACCCCCACUGAUAAGUGGAACUAUAUUGUUUGUUCCAUUAAGGAAGCCAAGGACAUGGACCAACUAUCUGUGGAUGCCUUGCAAAGUUCUCUGCUUGUUCAUGAGCAAAAGUUCAAAGUAAGUGGAGAAGAUGAACAUGCUUUGAAGGUAACUCAUGAAGAGAGCUAUGGUAGAAGAGGAUGA